UUCGCACAUUGUAGCAACUCGAUUUCCUAUACAGCGAUGUGUAUGAGCAUUUUUCUCGCAGUUUUACGUUUCCUCCCCUGCCUACUCCAUUCCUUGUCCGAAGUAAAUCCCACGGUAUUGUGUGAUGUUUUCGUCAGGCAGUUUUUACAGCCCUUCAUGUUCGUCGCUGCUCAUGAAUUCUUACACGCGUUGCUCUCAGACCGGAUGGGUAGGCUUGCCCAUGCCUUCUUUCUGAUUAAUUCAGAUGUUUUCUUGCCGAGAUAGCAUAUUUGAUUGAUAAUAGAAGCGCUUGUGCACACGCU